GAAGUCUGCAAACAGGAUUACUUUAUUAAAUCACCACCCCCUCAGCUUUUCUUUUCCACGGGCUCUUGGAAAAAACGGUUUUUCAUCCUGUCAAAGAGUAGAGAAGCCGGCUUGAGUCUUUCCUAUUACAAAGACCAUCAUCAACGAGGGGCCAUUGAAAUUGAUGGAAAUUCCAGUGUAGAAGUUGGCAUAAGCAGCCAUGAAAAAAUGAAAUCUGUACAGAAGAUGUUUAAAUGUCAUCCUGAGGAGGUGAUGUCCAUCAGAACCACUAGCAGGGAUUACUUUCUCAUUGGCCAUGACAGGGAGAAGAUUAAAGACUGGGUCUCCUUCAUGUCAUCAUUUUGCCAGGAUAUAAAGGCAGCACACCAGAAUACGGAGGAGAGUCUCUCCUUGGGUGAUAAGCGGCAUGCUUCAGACCCCAGCCCUGUCCUCGAUCCGUCCAGUACCCUGGAGGCUGCCAGCUUCACCUCAUCAAGAACCAGUCUUCCAAACAUGCAUUUCACAGAAAAAUAUUCUCCAGGAUUCAGGCAAGCUCAUCUUUCACAAGAUUUCUCUUCAAAGACUACUCAAGAUAAAGAAGAAGAGGGUUAUUAUAUUAAUCCCCGGAGUGUUAUUUUAGAGUUGGAAAAGAAUAUUGAUUCCAGUGACUCUGGUGAAUCCAUUGAACGUGGUAGUCCAGAUAAGGUCUUCAAGAGAACUGAGUGUCCUUACAUGUCAAUGAAAUCCUGUGUUUUCAAAGAGACAUCCCAUCGGUCUGCUGAGAGCAAAGAGGAAUCCCAGGCCCUUUUAGAAACCCAAGAUGAGGGGCUUCACCCACAAGAAAAAGACUCAGAAAAUGAUUUACAUCUUUCGCCAGACAAUUCAGAAGUACACACCAUGAAUGACAAAAAAGGAUCGACCUCACUAACUGUUGUGCAGUUGUCUAUACUGAUCAAUAACAUCCCUGAUGAAUGCCAAGUGCAGAAACUGGAUGUGUUCCUUUCCCCUCCUGAUGUGAUAAAUCAUCUUGCUCUGAUAGAAGCUGCAGGACGAAUAUGUGUGGCCCAGUGGAUAGGCCCCCCGCACCUGGGAUGCUUAUUUUGCCAUGGAGAUCACCUUUUGGCGGUGAAUGACCUGAAGCCCCAGAGUUUACAGGAGGUCUCCUUGUUUCUCAGUCGAUCCAUCCAAAAGGAGAAAAUAAAACUCACCAUCGGCAGGAUCCCAAAUUCGAAGAAAUUCCACGCUAUCACCUGUGCAUGCCCAUUAAAAUACCAGGUAGUUGCACCUUUUCAUCUGGUUAAGCCUGGACUGGAAAGGGCACCAAAGAAGACUCCAGCCAUCAGAAAAAGCCAGCAGAAAGAAACUGGACAGUAG